AUGAUCCAAUUAGACCUCCAAAAUGCAUACGAUGUGGUAAAUUGGAAUGGCUUAGAGUGUGUGUUGAAGGAAAUUUAUGUCCCAAAUCAGUUUACCAACUGGAUUAUGGCAGGAAUUACAACAGUGUCUUAUAAGUUCAACAUCAAUUGGGAGCUUUCUAAUUUUUUGCAGGAUAAGAGAGGGAUCACGCAAGGUGAUCCCAUAUCACCUUUACUCUUUGUCAUAGUAAUGAAAGGUGAUGCUAUUUCAGUAGACAUGACGGUAGGGACAUUCAAGAGAUUCUCAGACUCUACAGGGCUUGUUGUUAACCCAAGCAAAUGUAAAAUAUUCUUUGCUGGUAUUGAUGGUAACAACAAAGCGAUUUUGUAG